UGCCAUCUGGAUCACAUCGCUUCCUCGCUGUCAUGUCUUUGCCAUCAUCGUAGACCAGCGUCGGAUGCUGCGGCGAUAGAAACCUUUCAGAAUAUACUUCGCGAGCAAAUCGUUCUGCCUUCCGCUGGACCAGCCAGCAUGGCUUCUGCAUCAUCCUCUUCCGACCCGCUCCCGCCCUCGACCGACCGCACCCCAGACGUCGCCUCUUUCCUGGGACAGCUCUCAGCUGGGCCUUCUUCCUCCUCAAAGCUACCUUUCGAGGCUCAAGCAUCUCUCAUCUCUGCUCAGCUCUCCAAUGUUGAAGGGCAGACAGCCGCACUCGUACAGCAGCGCAGAGGAGAUUUGGCCAAGCUCAUUGAUCAGAGUGAGGUCGCAGAGCAGAGGUUGGGGAGACUCGUAGGCAGGAUCGAAGAGGUGGAGCGUAGUACUUCGGGAGAUGAGAAACCACAGCUUCUGAGCCCAGCUCUCGGAUCAGCAUUGCAGCAAUACUCGGACUCCGUGUAUGCACUUCAUCGCUCGGAUCACCUCCUUCAAGCCUUACAGGUGGUACACACUGCUUUAUCUGCCAUCGAAGCAUUGGAAGAUCAGGUGGCUCAGGGUCGCCUAGAAGCAGACGCCUACGCCCACACGCUUGCCCAGACCGAAGCAGCCUAUGGCGGCCUUCUGAACAAUGCUUCGUCAUCGUCUUCGAAUGGGUCUAAGAGCUUCACCUGGCUGGCCGAAAGCGAAAGCUCUAGAGCAGUCGCAGACCUACUGGAAAGGCGCAAAUAUGCCAAGGCAGCAGCGGAGGCAAUGAUCGAGAGGGGGUGGGAGCAGAGCGUGAUAGUAGGCAAGCAGCCUGCGGACAAUGGAGUCUGGAUGAUGAACAUACUUCAGGCCACUCAAUUAUCCGAGCAUGCCGAGCACUCUGUAUCCCUAGACAGCCUGGCUCAGUCGCUGAUCACCAACGGAAGUCUCAAUGGCAAGCUGACAGACCUAUCGCAUUCGUUGACUAAGAUGUUGUCCCAGACCUGUCUGUCCUCCUCCUCUAGCGAACGGUGGACGGCGACACUCGACGACAGCAGUCCAAAGCAGGCUCUGCUGCUCGGCCAUGCGGCUGGCAACGCGAAGCUGGACUGCCUUGAGACAAUCCUCGAAUUCCUUGGGGCUCGUUUGCUCCCUGCGCUUGAAAUUCGAGCUGUCACGCACUUCUCGCGGGCUCUUCUCCCUGUGCUGAUACCUCUCGUCUUGACGAAGCUCCGGGCGAUGCUUCCGUCCUCGCUGCAGAUGCCGAGCAUCACAAAGGACCUUGCAGCACUCAAGUCUUCCGCAGAACGUAUCUAUUCCUCUCUCGAGAAGAGUAGACUGAUACCUGCGCCCCUCGAUGAAGAUUCGGAAGAAGCAGAACUCCUCGGCAGCCCGCAUGCACUCCUUCGCUUCGCGUCCUCAGUCCACAGCCAAUUCAGCAAUAAAGUGGCAGCAGCGGCCCGCGAUCAGGCUCGACGUUUGUGUAUGUCAGAGGACGAAACAGGCUGGGACACUGAGCAGAUCGAAAUCGAGGAGUCUCUGCCGCUUCUGGAGAACGAUGAGGAAUGGGCCGUGGAGGAGCCUCUCAUUGAUGAUGGCAAGUCAAUUGCUUUGCAAGACAAUGGCGCGACAAACGGGGACGAUUGGGGCUGGGGCGAAACUGAGGAAGAUGUCGAGGUUCCUCCUCCUCGGUCAUCGGCUCCCGCGAAUAUGGCGAGGUCAGCUUCCAUCAAAAGCUCCACCAGCUCUGCAGAUGGGGGAACCUCAUAUAGCCGGUCUAGCUCCCCAGCUGGUCAGCGUCCAGGAAGACCGCUGCCAGUCAAGAAGGGCCGGGGUGCGUUGGGAGGGGUCAGGGUAAUCAAGCCUGCUGAUCAGAUGGGAAGCGGGCCUUUGCCAGGCGAUGAGGACGGCGAUGAUGCGUGGGGUCUCGAUGACGAUUUGGCGGAAGAGCCUCCACGGACUCCUGUUAUCAGGCAGCCAGAUGUUGCGGACGCCUGGGGCCUUGAUGAAGAAGCGGAACCGAUGCCCUUGGCAGCAAAUCCUGUCCAGGCACUCACCACGGACGUACGUCGCUCUCUCGAGGUUGCUGCUCCGGCCGAAGAUGCGGACGAUGCCUGGUUUACAGACGAGGUCGAUGCCAACGCGCUGCCCUCUGUGCCUGAUUCCCAGGUACCGAUGGCAGCUUCGACUAGUAUGUCGUCUACUGCAUCUUAUCCGUCAAUCGAUGAUCUGGACGAAGACGCUUGGGGCUUGUCAGAAGAGGAGAAGGCGGAGCGUGCUGCCAAGCGAGCAAGCAUGAUGGGCAUACCAAUCGGAUUCAAGAUCCCCACCGAAGAAUCAGCUUCGUCCAAAGAAGCCGCGACGGUGCUAAGAGCGGUCACAGAGCAAGCAAAUGAGCAGGAGAAGAGCACAGAGGACGUACUGCCGUCUACCCGCGGGCUGGGAGACCCACAGCCACCCAGUGAAGCACGACCAGCGUCUUCCGUUCCUAUUCAGGUCUCGUUAAGCAGAGACACAUCCUUCAGCUUUGAUGAUGAGGACGAGCUCGACGAAGAUGCUUGGGGUCUCUCAGCAGAAGAGCAGAAAGAACGCGCAGAGAAGCGCGCCAGCAAGCGGCUGACUCUGGGACAAGUCAGUGGUUUCUCAUACCUCCAGCCGCCGGCAGCGGCAAAUGGCGACAAUACCAAGCUCGACGCUGGGAUGGUACCCGAGCCGACACUGAGCUCAAAGCCAGAAACAUCAGAGGGAGACGCACUCACGGCAGACAAUCUAGAAGCCUCUGAGGUGGUGAACGGUCAAGACGGAAGCCAAGGUCACCAUGCUGCCGAACGCCAAGAACGACUUUCUGAGGGCCUUACCCCGGCAGGGUCGAUUGAUGUAGCACCCUCUGAAGCCCAUCUGUCUGACCUCGAUUCUCUACACGAUCACCUUGCUGUGCCGGGGUCUAGGGGUGUCGAAUCUGCACCAGAAAUUUCAGACAAUGUCUCAGUGGUCAGUGCUGCCUCUACAGACCAGCCUUUUCCCGUGGAGUCAGCUCUGCCUCAAGAUUUGAGCUCUCGUGCAAGUGAGGCUGGCUCGGAGGCUGUCUUGCCUGCCACUCCCCAAUCGGAGAGGAGCGAGCCCACACUUGGUGACAAUGCUGCUUGGGAGCCCGAAACGAUGUCUGUGCACGAAGGCUCCAUCGAUGGAGAUCGAGGCGGCGAAGACAAGACUCUCUUCCAAGUUGAAUCUGCUCUGCCGAUCUCAUCAGCUUCAUCAGUGGCCACUGGCAGCGCAGGUCCACCAUCCGUCGGGUCCCUCCCUCCUACUCCAAAGGCAGAAGCAGACUUGUCCCUCCCAGACGAGAGGCUACCGUCGCUUGCAGGUCUUAGCUCUACUCCUCCUGUCCGUGGCUUUUCGGCUUCAUCGUCAGCAAUGGCAAUGGACUCGAGGCCGCAAACGCCUUUCGGUGCAGAGCAUCAGAGUAGCGAGCCCCCCUUUCCCGUGCACUCUGCUUUCCCUUAUCAUGGCACACACAGAGGUAGUGUCAUGGGGACAGGACCAUCAUCUGUUGCUUCUGGAUUCGAAGGUAGAAGCGAUAUAGCCUUACCGCCGUCGCCGCCGCCUCCCAUGGACGAUGACAACGGAGAUGGUGUGAGUGACUUUCUAAGCCCUGUCCGGGGUCCGACGGAAGCACAAGCUCCGCAAUCUACCUCGGAGCAAGGCGGAGAAGUCAUUGAUCGAGGUCUUGCUCAACAUCAGGAAGAGACGAGCCAAGCUCCGGAGAUGGAAGAGGAUGACGAUCCAUGGGGCGAUGCGGAUGCUCAGUGGGAGGCCGAGCAGCAGUCCCAGGAGGCCCAACGCAAUGUUUCUCACCCAAGCGCAGAGCCUCCUCCUCAUGCUGUACCAAGCCCGGCAGAAGCGCCAGCGCCCAGCAGCGAUGCACGAGACGCAGACGAGGAUUGGGGCUGGAGUGAUGAGCCUACCCACACUGCAGCAGCUCAGCAAGCAGCUACAGAUGCAGCAUCAAGCUCGACUGGGGCAUCACUCUCUGUAGCGCAGAGAGCUAUCAAGCCUCAGAAGGGUCGAUCUUCUUCUCCCUCGGGAGCAUCACCUCAGUUGCGACAGGCCACACGGAGGAGCGCCGAGGCAGCGGCGGCGGCGGCAGCGGCAGGCCUAGUAGGACAGGGCAACCGCAGUGUGCAGUCGCAAGGUUCCACGACUAGACUCACAGCUGAUGCCUUGGCCCGUAAUGGCGAUGGCGCAGGCGUCAAGAGCGCUGAUCAGCAGAGCAGUGCAGCGUCAAACGCCGCUGUACCGUCGUCUAAGCGAAGAGUCGAGUCCUGCAAGAUCUCCAAGCGAUCGCGAGAAUUGAUCAAGCUUGCUCACCGGAUCUUGGACGAUACCAUUGCUCUCGCCGAGUCUGACGGUGGUGCGGACUCAGAGGCGCCGUCACCGUUGCCUCUUCUGCGCUCCCUCGCAGACAUCUUCGAGCUCUACCGAGCCCUGAUGCCAACCCUGCACUAUCAGACGCUCACCCAAAUUCCAUCCCUAGCGAUGCAAUUCGCAAACGACUGUCGCUUCCUCGCCAAGGAGAUUCUCCUCCUCAGUGACCGUCUCCACCACUCAAGUGCUCUCCUCGGUCUCCUUGACGCCUCUCCGGACGUGCUAGACCUCCCUCACGAAGCAAGCCUGAUGACUAGUCUCGGCAAGCAAGUCUUCGAGUCUCAAAUGGCCUCGCAGGCCUCUACACUAGACGAGCUUCUGACACAGACGGACUCGCUGCUCCGCGUAUACCAGGAGGAGCGCUUCUCCGUCUGCUCUAAAGUCCUCGCGCAGCUAGUGCAUCAUCUCGGUGCUCUGCACAGGGGAUGGAGCGAGGUGCUCACGCCUUCGAGUUGUGCGGGCGCGCUAGGAACUCUGGUGGAGGCGGUGCUCCUCAGACUGGGGGGAGACGUUUUGGAGAUUGACGACAUCGGGGAGCGCGAGGGGGAGAGGCUCGCGGAGCUCAUCCGACUUCUCGUGCCACUGGAGAAACUCUUCCCUGCAUCUGGUCAGCAGAGUCAGAAUCACAUCGGUGCUGCUGCGGGAGAGGAACAAGACACCCCAACGAGCAGUGUCGCCUCCUUUGUCCCCUCGUGGGUGAAAAUCACCGGCUACCUCCCCGAGAUUCUCCUUGGCUCACUUGCCGAUGUAGAGUUCCUCCUCUUCGAAGCUGGCGGACUAUUGCUUGCACCUUCCGAAAGCGUGGGUGCAGCAGGCGCGACUUCGAUGGGUUUCACGAGGGAGGAGGCAAGGCGACUUAUCAGGAGCACCUUUGCGGAUACGCCGCGUAGGGCCGCACUGCUUGGAAGGGUGGAGAGGGGGAGCUGAGCUGAGCUGCGCUGCGGAGCGAGGAGGGAGAGGGGUGGGUGUGGGUGCAGAGGAUGGGGGAGGAUGGAGAGAAUGGAGUGGGGCAGUGUAGCUAGUGUAACGAAAUGCAGAGUAUGC